AUGGCGCCUUCAAAUUCAGUAGAUGCGCUAUUGCAGCCGCCCUCGAACGACAAAUACCACACUCUAGAGCGCACGCCGUCAUCCUACAACCCCCUCCGAUCAUUCCAUCUGGCCAAGGGCGAACAAAAGCAUUACCAACAGCAAUAUGCCGACAUGUACUUUGCCCGAUUGGCCGUUCUCAAGCCUGCCGUAGAGCGCAUUGCCAGCGAGGCAUGGGAAGGCUUCGAGAUCGGUGGAGAUGAGGUGCACAAAGUCGAUCGUGUGUUGGAUGUCCGACAAGGUGAACUGGUUUGGGUUGCCGGCACCGUCUACAUGGAGAUGCCACUCAAGCCCAACAUUCUCGACGACAUCUCCAAACAUCACUGGAUUGCUGCGCCGCCGCCCCGUCUAAAGUUUACCUCUGGAGAAGGCGACCAAAUCAUGCUCGAAGACGAAUCUGGUCGACUACGCUUGACAGGCAGUUUCCUGAGCUCAUGUCUGCUAGUGACAGGGUGCAUCGUGGCAGUCAUGGGAACCGAGAACGCUAAUGGUGACUUCGAGGUCAUCGAUUUGAAAAUACCUGAGCUGGCACCGCAACCCGAACGUUGGUCGCUGGUCCAGGGCGACGGCGCAAGCAAAAAGAAGGCUGAAAAGAAAGAGAAGGCUGGCAAGGUUGCUAUUGUAUCAACGUUGGGUGUCAGUGGUGACUCUGGCGACACAAUGGCUCUAGAUAUGCUCGUCGAGUAUCUCCUCGGCGAGUCGGCCUCACCAGCUGAACAGGACAAGAUAUCGAGUAUAUCGCGACUAUUGAUUGCUGGCAACUCUCUGUCGUCAGCAAGCCCUGUUGUCAAUCCAGAAGACUUGCCAACCAAGAAGCCCUCUGCUGUCAAGAAGUAUGGUUACGACGCCUCCGCCUACAACCCUGCUCCGACUGACCGCCUGGACUCUCUGCUGGAAUCACUUCUACCCUCAAUACCCAUCACCAUCAUUCCUGGCGAACAAGAUCCUACCCACACAUCACUACCUCAACAACCCAUGCACUCUGCACUCUUCCCAAGAAGCAGAGCUUACAUGGCCGCUCCCAACUCUGAAGACUCGGCUUGGUUCGACACUGUCACAAACCCUUGGGAGGGUGAUGUGGAUGGUUGGAGAGUCCUUGCUACUGGAGGUCAGCCCAUCGACGAUGUUUUCAAAUAUGUCGAAGGCGACGACCGACUGGAAAUGAUGGAAGCUACAUUACGCUGGAGGCUAUGCGCGCCCACUGCCCCAGAUACGUUAUGGUGCUAUCCUUUCCAAGACAAAGAUCGCUUUGUCAUUGAAAAGACUCCUCACAUCUACAUUGUAGGCAACCAGCCUAGGUUCGGGUCCACAGUCAUCCAAGGUCCAGAUGGCCAGAGCUGCCGAAUCAUCUCUGUGCCGCGCUUCAAGGAUACCGGAGAGAUGGUCUUGCUGGACAUGGAGACGCUUGAAGUCGAGGUAGUCAAGUUUGGCCUUUACCAACAGACUUGA